AUGAAAGAACGAAAUUACUGAGACAUAAAUAGAUGCUGUUGAAGAUUUGAAUUUGGUGGAUGCUGUGCUGGAUUCUUGAAGAUAUGGAGAAGAAAAAAACAAGUUGGAAUUGACAAGGAGUCAGAUUGAUGAAAUUGAUGUUCAUGCUGAGGAAUUUAUCAAGAAAAUUACAAAGAGAAAAAAAUUAAGACGCCUCAGGCGUGAUAA